CCAGAUUUUACAAGACGAGAACAGCUUCUUAAUUACACGCAUCUCAGCAUAUGCCGUAGCUUCCAGUCUGCCAUGGCUUAUAUUCCUCCCCACAAGCGCCACUCUAGUUCCUCUCCGGCGCCGGAGUCUCUUCUGCCCCCUCAUUUUCGCAAAAAUCUAAGCCUAAGUGACCGGAACUCAAACAGCAGGAGCACCCGGAAGGACAAGGGGUCCAAACUUAUCUACGCAGACAACGCGAUUUCUAAGUGGUUCGGGGUCGGCUUGCCCAACUCGGACAAGGAAGAUGAAUCUUCGCGCAACCUUUCAGCUCUCACCAGAUUCGAGCCGGUAUCACUCGGAUCCUUCGCGAAAAAAUCGGGUGAAACCCCCCUUGUUUUGGUUCUGAAAGACGACUCUGCUGAGAGAGAGGAUGCGUUUGUGGAAAAACCGUGGGUUUUUGUUGUUGAAAAUGUGAAGCAGGACUUGCUUGCAGCAUUCGACAGGGUGAAGAGCGAAAUUCUGGAAAAUGAACUUGAUGGAGUAAAGCCAACUCUAGUUGCCCGCGUUGGAAGAGUUCUCUUUCACGGGUCAGUGGUUUAGGGGGUGUUUGGAACUGAUUCUGCUUCUGCUUCUUUUUUAAAGUAGAAGCAGAAUCAGAAUCAGUUUUCAGAAGCUGGUCACCCCACAAAUUACUCGGACAUCAAUUCAGCUUCAGAAUCUCGGAAUCAGAAUCAGUUUUCAGAAAUCUUUCAUCUUUACACUCAUGGACUGAAAGCAGUUUGAGAACAUCGAAAAGAUCUUUUUACACUAAUGUUCCUCUCUCAUAUAUGGAACACCUAACAAACGAAAUUGUUCAAAAAGUUGGACUUGACUUUGAGGGGGAUAAGGAGUUGUACCAUGUUAAGAUCUCUGAUAAUUUACAGCCUGAUUCAACAAUCUCAUGUAAAUGUGCUGUGCGAAAAGAUUGUAAAAGCAUUGAACUCUACAAGGCAGGUUUCUACUAACAUUCCAUGACAGCAGGAUGGUAAUGUGUAUAUUUGCACCAGAGCUUUCAUGAGAAUGUAUUUUGUUGUGUCUAUAACUCUGGUGAUUAACAAGUUGUAUGGAGUAUGACAGCAUGUGUCUAUACACUGGUGCUGCCUCAUCUUUAUAAUUUCUUUACCACAGAUUGAGUUUAACCAGGUGCGUCACCUGGUUGUGGACAUGUCUUUUCUUCGGAAGAGCCUAGAUUUGAGGUUAAUGCUUAAUACCAAGAGAAUUGUGAUAUCUUUAACUGACGACGAAGAAGAUUGUAUAAAAGCUCUAAUUUCUUGUGCCAUUCUCGAUCCAGACAUUAAGGGUGGGCUUCGAUGGCCACUUGGGAAGGAUACAUUGGGAGGUCGGUACACUAUAGUUGGUGUCUGGCAUACCAGUGCUAAAACAUACAGAAGUUCAUCAUUCAGGCUUAAGGUUCGACGUGCAGAUCGAUUUGAUUUCAGAACAUCAUCUGGUGAGGUUUCAGGGGAGGUUAUUCUGAAAAUGCACGGAGUUGUAGCGCUGAUGCAGAAGCAAACAUUUGAAAAUGACAAAGUGGUGCAAUUGCUUGGAGAUGAUUUAAAGUUUAUAUGGGAUCACUUUAUGUGCAUCAAUAAGUGAACUCAAAAUUUUGGAUUUCGGAGAUGGCCUACUUGUUAUAGGCCUUGUAGCAUUUUCAUCUCUUGUAAAUAACUUUUCCAGCAAUUUGGUAUUAAAGCUCUAAUGCUGUUUUGGUACAAUGAUUUCUUGUAAACCCAUCCCCCACUUCACCCCAAAGUUCAAACCUCAUUGACCUCAGUAUUAGCUCUGAGUUUUGGCAACCAUCGUGCUUUAUAAUGACACGUAGCCUUUUGAAAUACUGAGUGAGAAAUUGUUA